GCAGUAACCUCAGCUAUGGAGAACGCAGAUAAUGCAGAGGAGGAGAAGCCGACUGUAAGCAAUGACGGCACAGACAAUGGCGCUGAAACAGCAACAGAAGAACAGCAUAUGGACUUCAGUACAGAAAUUAUGAGUGUAACUGAGAUGGAACAAUCACCUGAUAGUUCCCCUGACUUGAAUGAAGAGAACACACAGGAGAGUGAAAUUCCAAAUAUUGAAAGUUUACAGACAACAGAUAUUGAGGCUUGCUUCCCUCCAGAUUUUGACAAGUUCUGGAAAGUAGUAGAGGACAAUCCCCAGGAUUUCACAGGAUGGGUAUAUCUACUACAGUAUGUAGAGCAGGAGAACCACUUACCAGCUGCCAGGAAAGCAUUUGACAGGUUUUUCACGCAUUAUCCAUAUUGCUAUGGAUAUUGGAAAAAGUAUGCAGACCUUGAAAAGCGACAUGACAACGUUAAACAGUCUGAUGAGGUUUAUCGCAGAGGGCUUCAGGCAAUUCCUCUUAGUGUUGAUCUUUGGAUACAUUAUAUAAACUUCUUAAAGGAGACCUUGGACCCUGCUGAUCCUGAAACUAACAGUACUAUUCGAGGAGCCUAUGAACAUGCAGUUUUAGCUGCUGGGACAGAUUUCCGUUCUGACAGGCUAUGGGAAAUGUAUAUAAACUGGGAAAAUGAACAGGGAAACCUAAGGGAAGUUACGUCCAUAUACGACCGCAUCCUUGGAAUUCCAACACAACUCUACAGUCAUCAUUUCCAGAGGUUUAAGGAACAUAUACAGAACAACUUGCCUCGAGACCUUCUGACUACUGAGCAGUUUGUUCAGCUGCGCAGAGAACUAGCGUCUGUGAACGGCCAUAGUGGAGAGGAUGCACAACCUGGAGACGACCUGCCCUCUGGUACUGAAGAUAUAACUGACCCUGCCAAGCUAAUUACCGAGAUAGAAAACAUGAGGCACAGAAUCAUUGAGAUUCAUCAAGAAAUGUUUAACCACAAUGAACAUGAAGUCAGUAAGAGGUGGACGUUUGAAGAAGCGAUAAAGAGGCCUUACUUUCAUGUAAAACCUCUGGAGAAAAUUCAGCUGAAAAACUGGAAAGAGUACUUAGAAUUUGAGAUAGAAAAUGGCACUCACGAACGAGUUGUGGUCCUCUUUGAAAGAUGUGUUAUUUCAUGUGCCCUCUAUGAGGACUUCUGGAUUAAGUAUGCCAAAUACAUGGAGAAUCAUAGUAUUGAAGGAGUGAGGCAUGUCUACAGCAGGGCUUGCACAAUACAUCUUCCUAAGAAACCAAUGGUUCACAUGCUGUGGGCUGCCUUUGAGGAGCAGCAGGGCAACAUCGAUGAAGCAAGAAGAAUCUUGAAAACAUUUGAAGAGUGUAUUCUAGGGCUAGCAAUGAUUCGCUUACGAAGAGUAAGCUUAGAACGCAGACAUGGAAACAUGGAAGAAGCUGAACACCUGCUUGAAGAGGCUGUUAGGAAUGCCAAAUCAAUUAGCGAAUCGUCGUUUUAUGCCAUCAAAUUAGCUCGACACCUCUUCAAAGUACAGAAAAAUCUUCCAAAGGCAAGAAAAGUGCUGUCAGAAGCCAUAGAAAUUGACAAAGAAAAUACGAAACUGUAUCUCAACUUACUUGAAAUGGAGUACAGUGGCGAUCUCAAGCAAAAUGAAGAAAACAUCUUGAGCUGUUUUGAUAAAGCUGUCAAUGGCGCGUUGUCUAUAAAAAUGAGGAUUACGUUUUCUCAGCGAAAAGUGGAAUUUCUUGAAGAUUUUGGUUCUGAUGUAAACAAGCUUUUGGAUGCCUACGAUGAACAUCAAGCACUUCUGAAGGAGCAGGAUUCUUUAAAAAGGAGAGCAGAGAACGGAUCAGAGGAGCCGGAUGAAAAGAAAAUGCUCACAGACGACCCAACUUUGGCAUCAGCACAGAUGAUGGAUGGAGACAUGCAAGUCAAUCAGGCAGCGUAUAACUACAACGCCUGGUACCAGUACAAUUACCAGAACGCAUGGAAUUACGGACAGUAUUAUCAUCCAACUUGAUCUGAAGAGUGAGUGAAGUUCACUGUGCUGCAGUUUCAACAAAGAUGGAAUAAAAAAAAAUAUAUUUUUCUAAAUUAGGGAUGUGAAAGAACUGUCGUAAUACCUGCUUUUUGGUCUUUUGCAUGUGAAGUGAGCUGAUGUUCACAGGGUAUGCGUGCAGCAAGAUUUGUGCGCUGGUAACUGAUAAAUGGUAUCUCUGUACAACUCUAGUUUACCGUAAAUGCAUUUUUUUUAACUCCCUGCACUAAUUUAUGGAGCUAUCUGAAGAAUUUUUUUCAGUCUCAUAAUGAUUCCAUAGACUUAAUUGGUAAAACUGUAGGUUUUUUGGUUUUUUCCUCCCAAAGCCGUUCCGCUGACCAGUGUUGGCCACCACGGCUGCUGCAGGAAACAAGCAGGUCGGGAGGGCUGCCAGUGCAGGAGCAAGGCUGUCCUCUCCUGCUCUGCUCUCCAGCCAAAACGACACGACCUGCUCUAUCACGAGAUCUUUUCCAUGCCCCAGUGAGCAAACCCCAGACCGCUUUGUUUAUGUUGUCAUGACUGAAACUCCAGAUUACGAUGGCAGCCUUUGCAAGCUGCAAUAUGUAUUUUCUAUUCUGUGUGGGGGUCAAAAAUUAAAAUGCAGUGCAAAAUGAUGUUGCAUUCUUUUUUAAAAAGCACAAACUGUGUUUGGGAUGAUUUUUGUAUUUAGAGUUUUUCAUGUAUGCAGUGUGAGCAAACUUUUUUCAUUUUGAUCAAAGUGAUCAUUCCCAUUUUUGUAAUAAAAGCAAGGAAUUCACUAGUCCUCUGAGCUUUCUUGGAGUGCCUCAUUCAAGCCAGGAGUAAGAACGCCAUAGUCUCAGUCCAACACCUGUCUUGUUCAAACGUACGUCUGUGGCUGCGGCACAGGAACACCUCAGGAACAUUUGUGGUACGUACAGCUCUCCUCUAGAAUGGGGUGGGCACCAUGCCUGACACUUCCAUAGAACACCUUUAAAGGAGAAAUUUAGUGCCUGGAAUAUAAAUGUAAAUUUUUUCCUCUUUAGGUUAACUAAAAUUGUUGGGUGAGUGCUGUUGUAAAACUCAGCAGCUACAGAGAAGAUAAAGCUGAAAGGGAAACGCAUUGCUGAAGACUUGAGCUAGGUAUGGAAGUAAAUGUCUUUCGGUCGCAGGUCAGUCAGUACGGCAAGGGCUAAUAAAAACAGUCGUGGCAGUUCCCGAUGGGGCUGCGUCUCCUUUAACAGUUUGCUGGAGAUCUGUGCCGUUUUGCCCCAUAGUAAGAGAAAGAAGUUUUAAGGUGAUCAUACACACAAAAAAGCAAAGUCACUUGCAUGUAUAAACUAUGUUUGCUUUAGUGGUAUGUUACUGUACAGCAGUUGGGGGGCAGGGAAAACAAACUUGAUUUCAAUACAAGGCCACAGUUGUAACUAUAUCCUGAAGUUACAAGAGCAAAACUGCAGUUGUCAGAAGCUUUCUUCAUC